UUUUAACAUAUAAUAUCCCACAACUCAAAUUCCAAAAACAAACUUCAAUCAUUCUAUUACACACAACACAACACCUGUUUAUCUUUCUAACUCAUCAAAUUUAAGCUCAAUUAUUUUUACUGGUAAAUUAAAGAGUAAGAAGAUGGGUGCAGAUUAUUAUAAGGUAUUGCAGGUUGAUAAGAAUGCUAACGAUGAUGAUUUGAAGAAAGCUUAUAGGAAGUUGGCUAUGAAAUGGCACCCUGAUAAGAACCCCAAUAACAAGAAAGAAGCUGAGGCUAAAUUCAAACAGAUCUCUGAAGCCUAUGAGGUAUUAAGUGAUCCACAGAAGAGGGCAAUAUAUGAUCAGUAUGGGGAAGAAGGGCUUAAAGGUCAAGUGCCACCACCUGAUGCUGGUGGACCUGGUGGGCAAACAUUUUUCCAGACAGGAGAUGGACCAAAUGUAUUUAGAUUCAAUCCUAGAAAUGCCAAUGAUAUUUUCGCAGAAUUUUUUGGAUUUUCGAGCCCAUUUGGUGGGGGUAUGGGUGGUGGUGGUACUGGGAUGAGAGGUUCAAGGUUUUCUAGUUCAAUGUUUGGUGAUGAUAUCUUCAGUUCAUUUGGAGAAGGCAGACCAAUGGGUUCAGGUCCCCGAAAGGCGCCACCGAUUGAAAGAACAUUGCCUUGUAGUUUAGAAGAGCUUUAUAAGGGGACAACCAAGAAGAUGAAAAUCUCUAGGGAGAUAGCUGAUGCAAGUGGGAAGACUUUACCAGUAGAAGAAAUUUUGACCAUUGACAUCAAACCUGGCUGGAAAAAGGGAACGAAGAUUACAUUCCCGGAAAAAGGAAAUGAAGAGCCAAAUGUUGUAGCUGCAGAUCUUAUGUUCAUAAUUGAUGAGAAACCACACAGUGUGUUUACGAGGGACGGGAAUGACCUUGUGACCACUCAGAAAAUCUCACUGGCUGAAGCAUUAACAGGCUACACGGUCCAUCUAACGACACUAGAUGGAAGAAAACUGACUGUUCCUAUUAGCACUGUAAUACAUCCAAACUAUGAAGAGGUUGUUCCAAGGGAAGGAAUGCCAAUAGCGAAAGAGCCUUCAAAGAGAGGGAAUUUGAGGAUCAAGUUCAAUAUCAAGUUCCCUACAAGGUUAACAGCAGACCAGAAGACUGGAAUCAAGAAGUUGCUUGCUUCCUAGGCCAAAUUGUUUACAAGUACUCAUAGUUAGUGUACGCAAUCUCUGUGUUCUGCUUUUCACUUUCUUUUUUCUUUUUCUGUAGUCCUUUUUUUCCUUUGUAUCUUGGGUAAUUGGUUCGAGUUGUAGUCUUCCUGUAUUUAGCUACAAAUUGUGAGUGUAGGACAAUAAAUGAAUGAUGUGAUAGUAAUCAAAGGAUUUGACAUUUUAAGCUCUUCAAGAA